UGGAUGUCAUCGGGGCUCCAUCCCGAAGGAGAAUGCUCGAAUGCUCCAUCUCUUACAAAAGAACUACCAAUGUGCCAGCCAGCAGGGUGUUCGCCUCGCCGGACAGCCUGGAACUCUCAUCCGCACUCGCCGACCACACACGCAACAACGAGAAGGAACAACUUCAAGGGCUGAAUGACCGAUUCGCCAGUUAUAUCGAUAAAGUCAGGUACCUUGAAGAACAGAACAGCCUGUUGGAGACUGAAAUCCAAGAACUCCAGCAGGAAAAGUUCACACAGUCACAACUUCGUGAUGUUUUCGACCAAGAGCUCAGCGAACUCCGCUCCACGCUCGAGCAAUUGCAUAGAGAGAAAGCACAGAUAAUUAUUGAUGCCGAUAACGUCGAAGACGACAUCCAUCGUCUCCAAAACCGCUACGAGGAUGAAGCCCGCUUUAGAGAAAAAAUCGAGAUGUCAAUUCGAGAUAUGAAGAAGGAAAAAGACGACUCGGAUCUGAUGAAAUUGGAUCUGGAGAAAAAAGUUCAGUCCCUGCUGGAUGAGGCAGACUUCCUGCGCCGUUAUCACGAAGAAGAGGUCAGCGAACUCCUCGCACAGCUCCAGGAAGCUCAGGUCCCGGUAGACAUGAGGGAAUACAGUAAAACGGACAUCACCUCUGCGCUCCGAGAGAUACGCGCGCAGUUGGACGGUGUCUCCUCCCAAAAUUUGCUGCAGGCGGAAGAGGUGUUCCAGUGCCGCUACACCAAACUCACGCAUGCCGCGGACCAGAACAAGGACGCGAUCAAAACCAUCCGCGAUGAGAUCUCAGAUUAUCGCCGGCAGAUGCAGAUGAAGAACGUGGAACUGGAGGCUCUCCGCGGCACCAAGGAGUCCCUGGAGAGACAGCUGAAUGACAUCGAAAACCGGUAUAACAACGACUUGCGCAGCUACCAGGAGAUGAUCCAUCAGCUGGAGCGUGAGCUGAAGGGCAUGAAGGGCGAGAUGGGUCGCCACCUCAGGGAAUACCAGGACCUGCUCAACGUCAAGAUGGCCCUAGACUCUGAGAUCGCAGCCUACAGGAAACUUCUGGAGGGGGAGGAGACUCACUUCAGGCCAUUUGCGGACUCUUUCCCAAGUCCCACCCUCCCAUACCGUCAGCCAAUUACCUCCUCCAAAGGAAAGAAAGAAGACAAGGAGGCGGAAUUGAGCAAAGGCCUGGCUGUUGCUGUAGAGGAACUUCAAGCUGAGAAGGAAGAGGUGGCCGUGUCCAAGCAACCCAAAGUCAGAGCCACUCCCCCUACAGGAGAAGAGGAGGAAGGUGAUGAGCAAGAGGAAGGAGAGGGGGAGAAGGAGGAGGGUGGAGAAGCAGGUGACAAGAAAGAUGUGAAGGAGGCAGCAGCCCCUGAGUGGAAGCAGGAGAAGGAGCUGAAGAGUCCCCCCAAGUCUCCUGGCAGCCCCAAAGGAAAGGAGCUGAAUAGUUCUCCCAAAACUCCUGGCAGCCCCAAAGAAGAGGAGCAAGAGAAGGAGCUGAAGAGUCCCCCAAAGACUCCUGGCAGCCCUAAAGAAGAGGAGCUGAAGAGUCCUCCCAAAACUCCUGGCAGCCCCAAAGAGGAGGAGCUGAAGAGUCCUCCCAAGACUCCUGGCAGCCCCAAAGAAGAGGAGCAGAAGAGUCCUCCCAAGACUCCUGGCAGCCCCAAAGAGGAGGAGCUGAAGAGUCCUCCCAAGACUCCUGGCAGCCCAAAAGGGGAAGAGCAGAAGAGACCUCCCAAGACACCUAGCAGCCCUAAAGAAGAGGAGCAGAAGAGUCCUCCCAAGACUCCUGGCAGCCCAAAAGAGGAGGAUCAGAAGAGUUCUCCCAAGACACCUACCAGCCCUAAAGAAGAGGAGCCGAAGAGUCCUCCCAAGACUCCUGGCAGCCCAAAAGAGGAGGAGCCAAAGAGUCCUCCCAAGACUCCUGGCAGCCCAAAAGGGGAAGAACAGAAGAGUCCUCCCAAGACACCUACCAGCCCUAAAGAAGAGGAGCCGAAGAGUCCUCCCAAGACACCUAGCAGCCCCAAAGAGGAGCAGGAGGAGAAGGAUCAGAAGAGUCCCUCCAAGACUCCUGGCAGCCCAAAAGAGGAGGAGCAGAAGAGUCCUCCCAAGACACCUACCAGCCCUAAAGAAGAGGAGCUGAAGAGUCCUCCCAAGACUCCUGGCAGUGCCAAAAGAGAUGAGCAGGAGAAGGAGCUGACGAGUCCUGCCAAGACUCCUGGCAGCCUUAAAGAGGAGGAACUGAAGAAGGAGCUGAUGAGUCCUCCCAAGACUCCUGGCAGCCCUAACGAGGAGGAGCAGAAGAGCCCUCCCAAGUCUCCUAGCAGCCCCAAAGAGGAGAAGCAGGAGGAGAAGGAGCAGAAGAAGGGGGAAAAAGAGAGAGAGGAUGAGAAAGAGGGAGAGACAAUGAAGGUGUAUCCCGACGCUGUCAUGGCUUCGUUCGGCUUCGACCCGUUCUUCCCCUCCUCCCACCGCCGUAGGGUGGUGGUGCGCAGUGGCAGCAGCGGUGGCUACGGGGGGCCGUCUCGCUCACGCUCCGUCUUCACCUCCUACUCCGCCCCCCACUACGCGCUGACCGUGUCGUCGGGCCGCGAGCUGGACCUGGGCCAGGCGGCGCAAGUGAGCUCGGAGCUGAAGGCGGUGCGCACGGCCGAGAAGGCGCAGCUGCAGGAGCUGAACGACCGCUUCGCCGGCUUCAUCGAGCGUGUGCACCACCUGGAGCUGCAGAACCGUGCGCUGGAGGCCAAGCUGCAGGUGCUCCGACAGCGCCACGGCGAGCCCACCUGCCUGCGCUCCAUCUACGAGCAGGAGGUGCGUGCACUGCGUGCGGCCGUGGAGGAGGCGCGUGAGGAGCGGCAGGCCGCACAGGAGCGCCGUCGGCAGCUGGAGGAGGCUCUGAGGGCACUGCAGGGCCGCUACGAGGAUGAGUUGCUGGCAUGCCAGGAGGCCGAGGGCCGGCUGGUUGAGACUCGUAAGGGGGCGGAGGAAGCAGCGCUGGGCCAGGCUGAGGAGGAGAAGCGUCUGGACAUCCUGCUGGAUGAGAUGGCCUUCCUCAAGCGACUGCACGAGGGUGAGAUCACCGAGCUGCAGGCCCAGCUGCAGUACAGCUCCCAGGUCUCCGUGGAGAUGGAGGUGGCCAAGCCGGACCUGUCGGUGGCGCUGCGUGACAUCCGGGGCCAGUACGAACGCCUGGCGCAGCAGAACAUGCAGUCCGCCGAGGAGUGGUUCCGCUCCAAAGUCAGCACUAUGGCCGACACCACGGCCCGCCACUCCGAUGACAUCCGUCUGGCCCGAGAUGAGGCGGGUGAGUUCCGCCGCCUGCUGAAGGCCCGUGACCUGGAGAUUCAGGCGUGCCAGAGCCUCAACCACGCGCUGGAGCAGCAGCUGCAGGAGGCCGAGGACAGGCAGAGCGCCGAGGUCACCAACAUGCAGGACAUGAUUGCUCAGCUGGAAGAUGAGCUGAGGACCAUAAAGAAUGAGAUGGCACGCUACCUGAGGGAAUAUCAGGACCUGCUCAACGUCAAGAUGGCUCUGGACAUCGAGAUCGCCGCCUACAGGAAGCUGUUGGAGGGGGAGGAGACACGCUUCAAUGUGGGUGGAGUCGGGGGCAUGUCCAGCAUCUUCUCACACACCAUCUCAUCCACGCCCUCCUUUGGCCGACCCGUCUUCUCCGUGCAGGCCAGCCUGAGCUCUGGCGCCCCCUACCUGCUGGGUACUCGCCUCCUCAGCUCCUCUCUCUUCAGCGAUGACCUGAUAACCCCCAGCCGGGCUCACCAGGCUGAAGCCAGAACAGCAAAGGAGGAGGAGGGGGAAGAAGAGGAGGAGGAGAAGGAGGAAGAAGAAGAAGAGGAGGAGAAGGAGGAAGGAGAGGAGGAAAAGGAGGAAGAGGAGGGGGGAGAUGAGGGAGAAGGUGAUGAGGAGGAAAAAGAGGAAGAGGAGGAAGAAGGUGAAGAGGUACAGGAAGCGAAGGAGGAAGAAGGAGAGGAGGAUGCAGGCGGUGAGGAAAAGGAGGCAGGAGAGGAGGGGGAAGAGGAGGAAGAUGCUAAAGGAGGAGAAGAGGGAGGGAAGGAGGGGGAAGAGAAGGAAGAGGGAGGAGAUGAAGAAGAGGUAGAAGAGAAAGGAGAUGACAAGAAGAGUCCAGAGGAGGAGAAGAAGAGCGAAGCAGAAGCUAAACCAAAGAAAAAGUAGACUGGAUGCAUCCAGACCCACGGUGCUAAAUGACUUUAACGAAUGGCAGUCUCAACACACCCCUCCUAAACACUUGCAUGCACACACAUGCGCACACACACAUGCACAUACACACACA